GACCCACGGCCACUAACGCCCUCUUCAGUUGGACGGACGAUAAGGCAUCCACGGAAGGCAUUGUUAAUUAAUCAAUGGGAAAGUUAACUUGAAAGGCUUUCUCGACUACCUGGAAGGUGCGUGAGAGGAGAACCUUUUCACAUGCCUUGAAAACAAGUCAUCACCAUCUUCGAUACCUCCAAGCUCUUCAACGUAUCGCGCCCGGAUCCCAAGGGUUCCACCACUCGAGCAGCACCCACAGACCUCUGUGUCAGUGAGUAACUAACUGGCUGAGAAUGAGAGGGAUCCAGUAGAUUUCUAUCCAAUAAAAGGUCGAUGUUCCUCCCACCCUCACUCGCCAGCAUGAGCUCAUUGCAACCUGUGGUUCAAGUUCAAUCAUCCUCUACUUCAGUCACCAAUUGGUCUCGGUCAUUAGUAGAGCCUAGGCAAAACAUUCGACAUGAGUGGCUUAAACUCCGAGGGAUCUUCCCAACGAUCGGCUAGCGUGGAAGACUACGAAGAUCCUAAUAGAAAUGAGGAGAGAACUACAAGCUCUUUAGGCCACGACCCCCUCAUCUAUACCGAAGUAUUCGACGAUAAAAGUGAACCCACACAUGCAGAGGUGCAAGAAUACGCUCAUCGUUUGGGCAUUGACGUAAAUACCGAGCCUCAACUUCUAGACAUUGCCAAACAGGGGUUGUUGACUGAAUUGCCACCCCAUUGGAAACCUUGUUGGGACGAAACAAAAGACGAUUUCUAUUAUUUCAACUUCGAAAGUGGUCAUAGUCAAUGGGAGCACCCUUUGGAUGCGAUCUUUUUGGAAAAAGUAACUGAGGCUAGAGGCCAGAAACGGUUGAAAGACUCCAAAGAGUUCCUGGAUCCAGACAUCACUGAGGUCUCUGGCGAUACCUCAGAUCUCUUGUCCGCCGAGGUGAACAAGGAGGAUCAGGAUCAAUUCAAUAUGGAUUUGAACGCUCCUCAGAAAUUGGCUCCAUUGCCACCGUUGGGUAGGCAAUUGGCCCCAUUAGGCAUGGGUAAGAAGACUCUGCCCCCAGUGAACACCCUUGGACCACCACCAGGUGGAGGGGUUCCUUUGGGAUCGACUCCCUUGUCGGAGAAGAAAAAAGUCACCUCCAUUCAUCACUUGUCCAAACCGCUCACCAGACCCGUCCUAGGAGGCUUAAAAGUCAACCAUGACCCCCCUGGCCUUGCUAGUCCAACCCAAAGUUUGGGUGCUACGCAUAAGAGGCAAAGCCUCAUAAAAAGUUCCAAUGUCAAUCACGCACUUCCUGGAGAUUCUUCACCGGAGAAUUCCUCUCAAGUCUCCUCUACUUCUGGUCCGAUCCGAGGCAUUCUCAAAGGGACAACUGCCUCGUCGUCCUCACCUGCAAAGGAGGAAAGGAAACUCUAUCGAGACUCUCUGACGCAAGCAGAUAAGAAAAGGAUUCACUUCAAUGCCAAGACCGAUGUGAAAGAGCUUACAUUUGAGCCGGAGAGCACGUCUACGUCUUCCGAGGUCUCAAUCGAGAAAGUCAUAUCAAAACCAACUCCUAGGUUUCAGCCUCCGAAACCAAUUCCAAAGUUGGAAUCUUUGCCUUCCGAAGAUUCACAUGAAGAUAAAGACAAAGAUUUCAUGGCACGACACGGAUUAUUUGACCCCGAGGAUCUAAUUCUUGACGACGGCACCUUGGAAGAUUUCUUGGUUGGCUCAAGCAUAACAGUAGAAAAGUCCCAUGCCAGUGGCCCCGCUUCGAAUGGAUCAAGGCCUAAAACCAAGUUGUCGAAAAUUCUUUCGAGUGUUAGCAAUCCAGACGAGGAGGACAAGAUUCCCGAAAACUCAGUUUCCGCUCCAAGCAAACCCAAUCCAAAGCAAGAUUCGAGCUCCACCUUGUCAAAUGUGAAGUUAGGUACAACGACAAUGCAAUCAUUGGAUCAAGCCAAAAAGCCCGACAAUCCGAGGUCCUUCCAUAGUGAGUCGGCUAGAAUCGCUCCCAGCGUUGCUCCAAAAAAACAAGAAGACGUGCGUGACAUCGAGAAAGAUGUUCAAGAUGAGGUGGCGUCCUUCAAGGAGCGCAUUAGCUCCAAUUUGGCAAUCGAAAAAACGAAAAUCGAGGCUGAACUCCGGGCUGCUUAUCAAGACGAGAUUCAGCAGAUUCGAGAAAACCUUCAAACCGAACGUCAACGUCAAGAGGAGAACUUGAAGGAUGUGUUUGCGUUCGAAAUGCAAAAACUUCGCGAGACGUUAGAAUCGAAUCUGGAGAUCCAGAGAACUGAAAUGAUGCGGAACUUCAAUGACGAAAUGGAUCGUGACUCUCGGAAGAUGGACGGGGAGCGACAAUCCCAAUAUAGAGAAAAAGAAGAAGAGCUUCGCCAAUCGGUUGAGAAUCAGUUGGAACAUUAUCGCACCAAGCUAAAAGAAGAAGUGGAACAACAGAGGGUUUUGAUUGAAAAAGAGUUCAAGGAAAGAUUAUUGCAUAAUAUGGAGAAGGCCCGCCAAGAAGUUAUUUCCGAAAUCAAAGUUCGAGAAGCCAAAGAAAUACAUACACAGAUUGCCAUUUCCCACCCAGAGGUCCCCAUAUCCACCAAUGAUUCCAAGGCCGAAUUCAUCAAUGAAAUAAGAAACCUAGAGGACGAAAUUCGGGAGUUAAAGCUUCACAUCAAGCAACAAGAACAACGGAAGCCGAUUGAUGACCCUAGAGAGAACAAUGACUCUUCAGAUGAUGGCAUUGAAGACGUGCCCAAAAGACGCCAUAAAAACGAGGAUAGAGCAUCACAUCGGUCAAGACGAGUCCGGCCGGUGGAAAGCGAUUCAGAUUCCUUCUACGAAUCGUCACAACUAGAUUUAAACAAGUCGUUGCAAAACCUUAAGAGAAGAGUCAAUUCACUCGAGAAAAGCAUGAAUCCGUUCUCGGUACCAUAUCAAGUUCCCACGGUGAUCAAGUACUCAUUAUCUGGCAGUCAAUUUGGGGCCGUGGUUCCGGCUAAUGUGCCCACAAGUGCACUAUCUGGUUAUGGAACAAAUAGCAACCGGAUAACAACCUCAUCCACUGGUUGGACGGUGGAUGAACAAAUUUAUAAGUCAAAACUCUGGCUGAAACACAGGAAUCAAUCGCGGAUUCCCAAGUCUUAAGACUGAAGUCACAGACCAAACUAAAGCAAUCUCCCUUUAACUUCGAUUUAAAAGGCGACACAGCUUUUAAAUCAAAUGUUCUCGAUUGGACGCAUAUCUUGAUGAGAAAUGCAGUCUAAAUCGCGAC